AUGACUACCAUUUCUUUUCCUGUCUACACUGCAUCAAAUAUUCAAGAGGAACUGGAAAUAGCAAAAAGGGAAUUUCUUCAAGCAAAUAUAGUCGUGAAGAAAUCCAAGAAAGUGUUCCUUCCACGGGUGCUUGAAAGAUUUGCAAAGGAAGCCUCUAUUGCCUCUGAUGAUCUUCUCAAGUGGGUGUUGGAAAAUGUUGAUAAGAAGCUCCAUGAUUCAAUACGGAAAUGCAUUGAUAGGAAAAGCAGUAGGAAAUCAUCUAAGAUUGCAGAAUGGUUGCCUUACAGUUCAAGGUUCCGGUAUGUGUUAUCUAAAGAUUUAGCAGAAAAACCUUGGUGGGAGUGA